AUGGUGCCGGCGCUUGUAGCUAUCGGCAACCAAAUUCUAGCGGGGGCCGACCUACCCCCUUCAUUUCUGUCGGCUUCAAUUAUUCCGCUUAUGAAGAAAGGUGACUCAGAUGACGCCAUGGAUUAUCGACCGAUCUCUUUAUUACAAACCGGGUACAAGGUUUUUGCCAAGGUGCUAGCUACGAGGGUGCAGGUGUGUUUACCGCGUACCAUUAGUGACUCCCAACAAGGUUUUGUUCACGGGCGCCGUAUGACCAAGACGGUGAUGAUGAUGAUGGCCCAACUAACGACGGCGACGGAGCAGAUCGACUUGACGGCGGAAGACAGUCGCUGUAUCUUAUUACUCGACUUUCGGAAGGCUUACGAUACUGUGGACCGAGAUUUCUUAUACGAGUCCAUGCGUCUAUUUGGUUUUACAGAAAGCUUUGUUGACCUCAUCUGUCGGAUCCACACGGGCACGACUGCAACUUUUGUCGUUAAUGGAGGUCAAUCCUCCGCGCUCCCGGUGCGUUCCGGAAUCCGGCAAGGCUGCCCGCUUGCGCCUCUCCUCUUUUUACUCGUAGUAGAGGUAUUAGGGCUCGCCCUCAAGCAAGACCCGUCACUCAAAGGAUUGCCAGUGCCUGGGACUGUCGACCGGACUCAUCUCUUUUCGGCGUUCGUCGAUGACUCAACGCUCUUUUUGGACACGGAAAAACAAAUCCUCCAUGCUCUCGGAAUUAUUCAAGCGUUUGGGAAUCUGUCAGGCCUUCAUGUGCAACCGGCAAAGAGCAAGCUUCUUUUUUUGAACCGGGCCAUCUCCAGAGCGAGCUUUGCCGGUAUAGACAUCGUGCCCUCCGGCGCCACUACCAGGUACCUUGGGUACGAGAUCGGGACCGGGCCUCUGGACAACAAAAAUUGGGCUCAUCGGAUCCGGACAAUUCAGCGCCGCCUCCUCACUGCGACGCGGGUGGCGACAAGCGUUGAGAACAGGGUACUCAUCCUGAACUCCAUUGUUCUCCCCUCCUUGCUAUUUACGGCGUCCGUCUUCUACGUCCCUCGAUGGGCGGAAAAAGAGGUGCAUAAUUCAUACAAGAACUUUCUAUGGGAGCACGCGACUGUGACCGACAAAAAAGCCGCCACAAGGUCAACCCAGGCCUGCUAG